AUGGAAGACACGCUUUUCUACUUCGAGCGCGAGAGGUACGAGACGGACGAAGUUUACGACAAGACUAUUAGAAAUCACAUCGCGAAGAUCACUCGAUUAUUCAAGGACGAAACGCCGUCCAUCGUAGCCAAAGCGCCGCAACUGCUCGAGAUCGUUCACCCCGCCGACCACUCGAUCUCCCACCUCGCGAUCCUGAACACCCUCAAGCACGUGAACGAAGACGCGCUGCCCCUUCCGAUCGAUGCCUUCCGAGAAUACAUCGCCCGGUUCCUGCUGUCAUUUGAUGCCCGGCAGAUACGUUACGUUGGCGAUGUCUUCUAUGACCUGUUGAAGGAUGUCGUGGAAUGCAAGUUCUUUCAGGCGCGCCAGUCUAUUGAGAUUGUUGUUGCCGCAUUGAGGCUGCUCGAUCCCGAAUCCGCCGUGCUUACGAGCCUCCACCUCGCUGUGGUGAGGCUAGCAUACGAGACGACGAACUACGAUGAAGUGCUGCCGAUACUCGAGAAACCUUGGGUGUUUCUUCCUGGAAUGAAGGACCAGUCUCCGCCAGCAUACCUCUGCGAUUUAACAGCCUCACCUCCCGACUACAUCAACCUCUCUACACAUUUUACCGAAUACUUGACUCGUGAGGGCGUUAUGGAGCACGAGUACCUCAGUGCCCUGAUCUUCACAAAGGAGCUCAAAUGGGCGCAGGCUCACAAAGCCUACCAGAGAAUCAUCACUUGGCCAUCGAGGGAAACCUCUGUGAGCAAGUUGAUGACUGACUCCCACAAGCGGUGGGUUCUCACAGGCCUCUUGGCUCUCGGCCACACACCAGUUCUGCCGGGCCAAAUCAGCUCAAGCGCUCAAAAGGCGUUUGCGUCUCUGUCAAAACUCUACACUGAUCUCGCGGGCAUCUUCUCAACUGCCAACGUGGAACAGUUCAAGGGCACAGUCGAGAAAGGCAUCGAGACGUGGGUAGCCGACGGAACCACCGAGUUAAUCAAGGUGGUCGUGACGGCGUACCAGAAAUGGCAGAUUCUUGGUCUCGCCGACGUGUAUCAUAAGAUCAGUGUGUCGGAGAUUCGCCAACAGACGCUCAGUGCCGAGACAGCACAGAACCUCGAGACUGACGAGGAGGUGGAGCAACUCCUGCAGGACAUGGUGACCAUCGGAAUGCUUCAGGGCUCAUUGGAGGUCAGCCCUGAUGGCGUCAAGUGCCUCACCUUCCUCCCGCGUGACACGGAAAUCGAGUACACCGAGUACCAGAAGAAGAUCACAGACGACGCGCGUAUCAAGGCUUUGAACAAGUUCGCCAAGGUCAGCGAUGUUCGUCUUGCAGCCUCGAAGGACUACGCCAAGCACACCAUUCGUGAACAGAAGCGCCAAGACAAGGACGGCUCUCAGUCACACAACACCGAGUUCGGCUUCGACGCGUCCAUCGAGGACGAAGAUCUUAUGACGGGUAUCCAGCACCCUUAG